CAUUAUCAAUCGCGAGAUGGCGCAAACUGCGACUGCUAUAACCUACAAACUUUAUGCAACAACAAUGCUGAAAAAUACGUUGCUUUUCCUCAAAAACUUCAGGAAAUAUUCAAAUGUUUCACCAGUACCUAACGUCAAGGAGAAAUGGGACGUGCUGACUGCUGUUCUCUUAGAAAGAGGGCCUGUGAUAACUCGGGCGAUGAACGAUCUGGAAAAAGCUUUUAGCGAGUAUUUAAGCGCGGUAGAAUACGAAAGAAGUUUGAUCAACGAGGUGGAAUUAAAACUGGAGCAGGAAACGAAGGUGUUGCAGUUAACUAAAGAAGCAAAUGACAUAGAUUUGGUUUUGACGCAAACAACGCGGGAUGUAAUCGAUGCCGCUAAAGAGGAACUGCUUCAAUUUAAGGCGGCACCAAGGAUUACCGACGCUGACAAAAAAGGAGAUCAAAGAUCUCUCCGUCGCAAGUUAGAUAAGCAUCUCAUUUUCGUUGCUAAGCAGAAUAUUGGCAAUGAGAGUCAUUAUUUGCUGCCUCAAACUGCAAGGGAGGAGAAUGAAUCCUUACGGCAAUGUGCGGAGAGGAUUUUAAAUGUAAAUUUUGGAAAAGAACUCAAGACGCAAAUAUAUGGCAACGCGCCAUGUGGAGUGUACAAGUACAAAUAUCCUCAAGCGGUGCAAAAUGAGAGAAAUGUUGUGGGGGCUAAGGUUUUCAUAUACUUCGCAAGAUACCUGAGCGGACAGGUUCCCGAGCAGAAACAUGAUUACAUGUGGCUGGAUCGAAAUGAACUGAAGAAAGUUUUACCCGGUCCCUACAAAAAUUGUGUUUUAUCUGUCAUGAUAGAUGAUUAAUUUUUGUUCCUCAAAUAUACACUUUAGUUAUAAACAUGCACAUUAAUGUUUUAA